AUAAAAAAAAGAAUACAACGUGAAUAUCUUGAGAUCGCUUACUCCCGACUCAUCAGGAAACAAAACAAACUUCCCACUCCACUCAUCUCUCUCUCUCUCUCUCUCCAAAAUCUCCGUCUCAAUGGAGCACAGCCCCAAAUUCAAACCCCUCCUUUCACAGAGCAGCAGUCGAAGAAGGCGAACCAGCACCGAUUCCAACUCGCCCGAGUUCGAGUUCUGGAGAAACCCCUCUUUCCCUCAGCCCAAUCUCCUCUCCGCCGACGAGCUGUUUGUCGAUGGCGUCCUCCUCCCUCUCCACCUCCUCCCCCCGCCUCUCCCUAACAACUCCGACCCACCCGACCCAUAUCCAAGAUCUUCCGACCCAAAUACACAACCCAUCUCGCUACCACCUGUGCCUGACCCAGAACGCUUAUUGGAACCGGACCCGGAAUCGGAACCGGGUCCAGGACCCGAGUUGUCAGCUGCUCCGGUAACCGCAUCUAAGCGUUGGAGAGACAUUUUCAAGAAGGGGGAGAAGAAAUCAGUCAAAGGCGACGAGAUAGAUAAAGACAAAGACAAGAAGAAAGAGCGGAAGGGCGGCAGGAGCGGAGCGAGCUCGGCCGAGCUGAACAUUAAUAUAUGGCCAUUUUCGCGCAGUAGAUCCGCCGGAAACGCGUAUACCCGACCCAAACCAUUCGGAGCUCAGGGGACCCGAAAGGUGAACAGUGCGCCGUGUUCAAGGAGCAACUCAACGGGGGAUUCGAAGUCUAGAAAGUGGCCGCCUGCAAGUCCGGGUCGGCCCGGAGUCCAUUUGGGUCGGAGCAGUCCUGUUUGGCAGGUCCGGCGUGGAGCCUCCGCGGCUGCAAAGAGAAACUCCGAACCACAAGCUCGAAAUGCUGAAAAAGGUACAAAACAAGAAGUACCCGAGAUUCGCCGGAGCAAAAAAACGGCCCGAUCAGUUGUCGCCGGCGGCAGUGGCUCGAAAGCUAGAGUCUUGAAUUUGAAUGUUCCGAUGUGUAUUGGGUACAGAAGCCAUUUGAGCUGUAGAAGUGAGAAUAGUGCUGUAGGAGUCGGGGUCGGCGGUGGCAGCAGCAGCAUCAACCUUCGUGGUGGUGUUAGCGGCGGCGUUAACGGUGGAGGUGGCAAUGGCAUCGGUGGGAGUGGUGGGGCUGGUGGUAAUCUUUUUAAUCUGCGCAGCCUUUUCACUAAGAAGGUGUAUUAAGUAUUUAAUUAAUCAUCUCAUUAGUCAUCACUUAAUCCUAUCUUUCACUAUGUAACUUAGUUUUGUACGAAUUUGGGUCCAUUUUGUAUAAUCUUCUCUUUAUUUCUUCACUAAGUGAAAAGUUUCUUCUUUUCUUCUGUAAUUAGAUCGAAAAGUAAGCUUAAUGUAUAUAUUUUGCUGAAUUUAAAUCAGGUUUAAUAUUGAGGUUA